GUGGCGCUGUGAGACCGUCCGAAGACGAGUAGGCGUGAUAGAGGGGUUAAAGAUGGCGGCGAGUGGCGAGAAUGACGUCCAGCAACCUUUGGUCAAACCGACGCGAGAGAAAGUUGACACGUAUGGGUUCACUCGGCCCGAGGAUUUUGACUAUGAGACGUAUGAAGAGUUCAUGGCGGGGUACCUGUCUGUGCUGGCCAGGAGAGCCUCGAGAUGGAGCGGACUGCUCAAGGGCAGGAAGGCCAUCAACAGGUCCUUCAAGGUGAAGAGAUUUAUCAGAAAAGGCAUUCCUGCAGAGCACAGAGGCACGGUUUGGAUGGAGGUCAGUGGGGCACAGCACAAGAUGGAGACUAACCCAGACACCUACACCAGUCUGCUGAAUGGAGAAAAAGACCAACAACUGUUGGACACCAUCAACACAGAUAUCCACAGAACGUUUCCAGAAAAUAUCUACUUCUGUGAUGCCUCCAGGGAGAGUAAGAGAGUGUCGCUGUACAACAUCCUGGUGGCUUUCGGCCACUACAACAAGUCUGUCGGCUACUGCCAGGGCCUGAACUUCAUAGUGGCCAUCUUCCUCUUGAUCCUGAAGGAUGAAGAACAGGCCUUCUGGCUGCUGGUCACUCUACUGGAGGACAUCUUACCUGAAUAUUACUCCAAGGACAUGAAGGGACUGAAGGUGGACCAAGAAGUCUUAGGAGAACUUGUGAAGUUGAAGAACCCUUCAGUGGCAGCAGUGAUAGAGAAAGAAGGCAUGCCAUGGUCCAUCCUGGUCACCAAGUGGUUCGUGUGUCUGUACAUUGACGUUCUGCCCAUAGAGACUGUGCUGAGAAUUUGGGACUGUUUGUUCUACGAAGGGUCGAAGAUCCUGUUCAGAGUGGCCCUGACAAUGAUCAAGCGGAACGAAGCAAACAUCGCGGCAGCGACGAGCUUCCCGGGCAUCCUGGAGGCCUUCAAACAGUCUACCCAGGACAAGAUCAUCACAGACUGUCACGCAUUCAUGCAGGCCAUCUUCACAGAGACAGGGCCUCUCCCCAUGGCUCAGAUCCAGAAACUCCGACUAGACUGUGCAGCCAGGAUCAGCUAACCUGGGAACUGGUGACUCCGAUAAACCACCCAACAGUUUGUUAACCUUCUCCCUGCUAAGUAGCCUUUUGGCAUCAAAUUUGUACUGAUUACAUUGUUAGGCAGCUGGGUUAAGGUUAAUGUCAAGUGGUGAUUAACAUUUAACAAGGUCCUGUGGGCACCUUGUUGCUGAUGUCACAAGUGUUAAAAGCAGCCCAUUCAAAUGUGCAAACUACAAGAUACAAAGGCACUCUAGUUCCAAUCUGUCUCAUUCUUCUGGUAA